AUCACCAAUAGUCGAUAGAGACAUAAAUAAAAACAUCAUGCAUCAACGCAGGCUCGAUGUUGCAAAUUUGUAUGACUUGUUUUGUUAUUCUGGCAGUGCCAAUCGUAGCAACCGACUGUGUAUUCCAAUCAAGUCGGACCGGUCGCUUGGAUUCCGCUAACGAGUGUUUGCUUAUUCCCCGUAGCGUUUCGCAUCCAGAAAGUCAAUCAUCCGAAAUGGCCGGCAAACUGUUCGCUUGUGAUUUCGAAGUUUUUGGGAUAGUACAAGGGGUUUUCUUCAGGAAGUACACACAGAAGCAGGCAACGAGCUUGGGACUGAAAGGAUGGUGCAAGAAUACUCGUGAUGGAACCGUCAAAGGACAAAUAGAAGGGGAAGUAAAAUCCAUGAAUGAAAUGAAGCAUUGGCUGCAAACGAAAGGAAGUCCUACCAGUCGUAUUGAUAAAACAGUUUUUAGUGAAAUGAGGGAAAUAUCGAAGUUAUCAUUUAACGAUUUUUCAAUCAAGCAUUGAAAUAGAAACCAUGACAUGUACAUUGUUUUAAUAUAUUGUAUAAUUUUUUAAUUCGUA